UUUUUGCAGUUCUUCAGCUCUUGAUGAGCAUGUCAGUUUGCUACUGUCUUCAUUUCACUCUGUGGGUUUGAAGACGUUGAAUCUGAAGCUGGUCAGUCUGAAUGAGAGCUGGGCUUCUGGGAUUAUUUUCUUUGCCCUGACCUGCACCAGUCUACAGGAGCUCAGAGUCAGUGUCACUGGAUUGCUUUUGGAGGAGGGGCUCACGUUACUGAAGAAAUCACUGACAGAGCCACACUGCACUGUGAUCAUCAAAGGGAGGAAAUGCAGUAAACUCACUGAUCAGAGCAAAGAACAGGACUGGAGUCACCGCUGUAAUGAGAAAGUAGAGAUUCACUUCAAACCAAAAGUUUUGAAAAAGCUGGAAGGGUUGGACAUCUCUGACUCAGAACAGUCUGGACUGAAACUUCAGCCGCUCCCAGUGUGUCAGUCUUGUGUUCACAUUGUUGACUCUGAGCAGUGGGUUCAGGUGGAGCCGUCAGUCUGUACAGAUGAAGGAGGGUCAGAGUUCAGGAUCAGCACUCCGGCGGGUCGAUUCGAGUGCAGCAGGACCAGAAUGCGAUGGAUCUGUGCUGGUGACAUCACUCUCCAGUAUCGUGCAGUGGAUGGAGGUUUCCUCAGUGAAGAGCUGGAGAGGCUUCAGUGUGAGAGAAUUGGUCCUGUGAUUGAUGUGACAGUGAUCUCAGGGAAACUGGAGGAGGCCCAUCUACCUCAUUAUGCCUGUUUGGCAGAGUCAGACCCCUCUCUCACACAAAGUGUAAAGGUCCUCAGUGUUGAAGAUGAGGGAAUAUCCUUGGAAUCAGUGGAGUUGACUCGUUUUCAUGCCAAAAUACUUAAACCAUCUUUUUCUCCAAAAACGAUGCUUAUGAAACUAGGGAUAUCAGUAAAAGUGCACUGUGAUCUACUGAUCUUCAUGACACAAAAGAACCCCAUCAUUCUCCAUGUGUAUUUUUUCCCAUCAGAUUCACUUUUUAAAGAAAAAAUUAAAACAGAGGAAAAACUGAGUCAUCCAAUCAAGUGUUCAAGACCUGAAACUCCACUGCGUAUGAUGAAACAACACAGUCUUGAUGUUCAUGGAGCUUCUGUCCAACCUGAAGCAAUCAAAUUAAGAGGUGACAUCGAGCCAAACUUCUUUCAGGUCAAACAUCCUGUGGACAAUGACAUCAAAAUGUCACUCAGCCAAGUUGAUGAUCAGAAAUCAGUUUGGACUGCAACAGUUUGGAAAGAAUUAAUCAACAUGCAUCCAAACAGGGCUGAGAAUUUGUUUCAAACAGGACAAAACCAAAAUACACCACGAUUGGCUGUCAACUUUGAUAAAGUUCAGUUUUUUGAUAGAAAUUGGUGUGCUCUUAUUAGAAGUGUUGAGAAUGUAAAUAACAUUGCAGACAAUCUGCUGCAAAAGCAAAUCAUUCAUGAAGAAUUAUAUUCUGAAAUCACACAUCCAACUUCAACCACUGAAGCCAGCAUGAGGAAGAUCUGCAGUAUAGUGCGUAAAGGUAGUGACACUGUGAAAGAAAUGUUCAUCUGCAUUCUUCUGGAAGAAGAUCCUGACCUUUUAAAUCAUCUGCCUCUACCUGACUCUUAAACUUUUUUUGCUUGA